AGCUGAUUUCUGUGAUUGUUUUUGAUUUAUUUUCAAUAAAUUUUUGAUUAAUCGGUGACUGCCAUGGGAUCAAUUUCAAAUCGUGUUAAAUUUUAAAUAAAAUUAGGAAAUUGUUUUCUUCUUCGAUGAUUGUUAUGCGAAUACGGCAUUACAGAUGGAAAAAUCAAGUACUAUUAGAUAUUUUCUAAUGUGGAUGAUAGUGACGUUUAUUUUUGGCGCGUCAAUUUUUCUAACUGGCUUCUUUCCCAUAAACAAUUAUGCAUUAGACCCUGCAGUAGCUGAAGGCCAACCAAAAGAUUUAGAUGGAUUGAGUUUAACGCCGCCAACUCAAAUUUACGCACAAACCAUACUAAUGCUGGUGGAUGCUCUACGUUUCGAUUUUGCCAGUCAAAGUGGUAUGGAGUUUUCUUACAACAACUCGUGUAAUCGUCUGAAAUUGCGAGUGAAUAUUCCUACUGUUACCAUGCCGCGGCUUAAAAGCUUAACAACCGGCACCAUUUCAAAUUUUAUUGAUAUAGUCCUAAACAUUGGUCAUGUUGAGCAGCUUGCAGACUCUUUAAUGCACCGCUUACAAGUACGUAAUGAAAUUACAGUUUUUGCCGGUGAUCGUACUUGGAUAAGUCUCUUUCCAAAACAAUUUACACGUUUUACCGCUAACUCAGAUUCAUUUUAUGUAAAUGACUUUUAUGAGGGUGACAAGAAUGUGACAGAAGUACUGACCAAAGAAUUACAAAAUGACGACUGGAUGUUGCUGGUGCUUCAUUAUUUGGGCUUAGAUCACAUUGGACAUGUUGAAGGUAGUGAUAGCUCUAAAAUCCCGCUUAAGCUAAAAGAAAUGGAUGACGUUGUGCUAAAGCUCUACAAAGCAAAGCAUUUUCACAGGCAGCUACUAAUAUUAACUGGUGACCACGGUAUGCGAGAUGGUGGAGGCCAUGGUGGGAGUACAGCUGGUGAAUUGUAUGUGCCAUUAUUUGUUCUCAAAGAAAAUUGCACUACAAAGGG